AUGAGACUCAGCCGGAUUGAAGGGUACACGUCAUGAUCCAGAGGCGCCCAGCACGCACGUGAUUGGAUGAUGACGUCAAAAGCCGGUGCCUCUAAAGUGAAGUGACCUUCUUUCCGUCCGCCAGACAGCGCUCAUCAGCCGCUAGAAGCAGCUCACACCUACACCGGAGGGAGGGAAUCCAAUUCUAACCAAAAGGUAAACUCAUCCUCUUUUACAUUUACUUGAAGCCGGGCGAGCUUUGUUUUUUAUAUUGUUUUCUCUGUAGAAGGAUACAAAGGAGAUGCUGGGCGGUUACGGUGCUCUCUAAGCUAACGGGAGCUCCCAUGUUGGUGAAUAGCUGGGCUGCUCUCUAUGCGUAAACCACAAGGGUUAACCUAGCCUGUUAUUUAAGACUGUGCACGGUGACUGUAACUCGUAUUGAAUAAUUUCAGGGGAUAUUCAUAUGUGUGUCCUCAACUCGUGCCUUAUGACCCUAUGUUUUGAUGGCGUUAGCUGAGAGCCGCAGUGUGGGGAGGAACACAAGGACACCGACAUUGAAGCAUCCUUGACAGCCUGGGUGGGAUACACAUCCGAGGCGAAUAUUAACCACCAGACCAGCUAAAAUGCUAAUGUUAGCGAUAUAAAUCCAGCAUGCUGAAGACGAAGAUCUUAUAACAUCGUGAUGUUAUCGUGGUUUGAGCAGCAGCUCUGUGUCCUUGAUGCCUUAUUAGAAGUCUGCUGGUGGUCCCGCCAUGUUUCUGCCCAGGAAGGGGCUCAUAUUAUCCUCUCACACCUACGAUGAUUCAAUGUACAAAUAUGACAAAAACAUUGUGGCACAUUUUUUAGGGUAAGCCCUUUUUAAGUCAUGUUGAUCAGCCUUUCAUUGACAUGAUCAAACAGAAUAAGAAAUCACUGUUUCAUUGAUACCUUUGUUUAUUUAAUACUGUUAAGACUGAUGUUAAUUGCUUUAGGACCAAAGCUUAUCCGAGCAGUAAAGUGUCACACUUAGCAUGUAUACUUUUCUCGAUGCUGCGGUCCUGAACGGAGGUCAUGUGAGGACAGUGAAGCCGGGCCCGUGUUGCGCUAAAAUAUGCGCUCCGUCUCAAGGAGUAUAAGGUGACAGUGCACCGUCAUUGAAGAACACGAAACGUCAAGACUAACACAUCUAUAAUGCGGUUUUCCGAGGUCCAAGCGCAGUUUACUAAGUGGUUGUAAGCUAAUUAUUAGUGCCUUGAAGAAAUGUACCUGUCAUUGGUUUGGGGACAAAAUUAGAAAAGUUACAUUUUCCGGCACAACACCUGCCAGUCGUCUGUUACAGGCGGCAGCAGUCUUAUAAUUCACCUUUAAGUACAUUUAUGUUGGCUCUGCUCCGUCGGAGCGACACAAGCUUAACCCUUGAGGCGGACAGGCUUAAGACAAACCUUAAUCACCGGACCAGCCGCGGAACUUUCAAGAUUAGUAACCCGAGCUGAGGAGUCCUGUGGCCGGGAAAACGAGUAGUGAGAACAGACAAUACCAGAGCGAGCUGUAGCCGGGCUAACUCGUUUGGUGUGGGAGUGAACCAUGAAUGUAGAUAUUUCCCUGAACCGCCCAAGGCAGUGUGCCAGUGUCCGGGAUGAACAUCUUGACGUGGAGUAAAUGAAAGCAGAACUACCGGCACUAAAAGUUGUCACCUUAAGCGACCUUCACAAGAUGGCGCCCAUAAGACUACAGUAGUGAAUGGGCUUCCUCCCAUAAACAGGGCUAUGAAUAGAUACUGUAGAUGGGCAGCUGUACUUGGAAAUCAGUGUUUAGAAGUUGAGAAGACGAACACUGGAGACUUGUCAUAGUUUUCAAAUAUGUUAUGUAAACACACAGCCCUGUUUUAUUUUGUGAUAUUAUGUUAAUGUGAUACAUUUCUUUAAUUUAUGACUUAUUUGUGCUGACCGCUCUGUUUUUAUUCUCUAUUCUUCCAGUUGACUAUGGGAGACGUUGCCAAGGGAAAAAAGACCUUUGUCCAGAAGUGUGCCCAGUGCCACACAGUAGAGGAUGGGGGCAAGCACAAGGUAGGCCCCAACCUCUUUGGUAUCUUCGGUCGCAAGACUGGGCAGGCGGAGGGCUACUCGUACACGGAUGCCAACAAGAGUAAAGGUCAGUUUUUCAGUGGUUUAAUAAACCUUCUUUAUUGCUCUCUAUCUUGUGUUGUCUGAGCUGUAACAGGAUAACCGCUUUAUAUGAGGCUUCUCAAUUGUACUGGCUGAAAGAUGUGUGUGAAAAGCAGACAAUUUGAAGGUAAUUUAGGUUAUUGAUUCCAUUAUCAGUGAGUAUAUAUUGGAAGCACUAAAUGCAAUGAUCUGAUGAUGUAAGUGGAAAAAAGCUGUAAACCCACACAACUGAGGAGCUAAAACCUGAAUAUUUAAAAAUAUAUUCUAUUUAUAGCAGGUGUUUUCAGUUGUUCUUUUUAGCCUCCUUUGUUAAACCCUUUAAGCUCUAAUAUCAUUAGCAGUUCAUACUUAAGGUUUAAAGGGUUGUGUAAAGUGGAGCCCUGUGUUACUUGGUCUUACUUAUCCACAUGGCUUUAGGGUCAGAUCCCUCUUAGUUGUCUUGAUUAGACCUUCAUAAUCUGAUCCGUCCUUAAUCACUGUCCCGCAUCUUGGUCUCAGGUAUUGUGUGGAGUGAGACAACCCUGAUGGAGUACCUGGAGAACCCAAAGAAGUACAUUCCAGGAACCAAAAUGAUCUUUGCUGGCAUCAAGAAGAAGGGAGAGCGCCAGGACCUUGUUGCAUACCUGAAAUCGGCAACAUCAUGA